GUGGUCUCUUGUAACGGGAGCGUCAUGCGUCAGUCCCGCGCGCGCAUCGCUUUACCUGUCUCUCCGCUGCGGCACUGACGCGGGAUUACUGUAAACACGGAGGAAAAGUCUCUUUAUAAACUUUAUUUUUGUGAAUUAAAUUCUGUGCGUGAAAUAUCAGACAUCAGACAGACGCGAUGCAGCAGCCACAGAACGCGCCGCAGACCAACGCGGAUCCCGCAGAUGUGUUUGUGAAGCGGCGGCGUACGGCUCUCUGGUGUUCGGUGUCUCUGUUUGGACUCUCUGUUCUGGUUCUGGUGGUCGGGCUGCUGUCGGCCACACAGACGGAUAACGUGGCCGUGUCUGGAUACUAUCCCGGGAUUAUACUGAGUUUUGGAGCAUUCUUGGGAAUCGUUGGUCUGAACCUGGUGGAGAAUCGCAGGCCGAUGCUGGUGGCAUCCAUCAUCUUCAUCAGUCUGGGUGUGGUGUCGUGUUUUCUCUGCUCCAUCAUCGACGGCAUCAUCGCGGCCGAGUUCAUCGACAGGAGGCCGCUGAUGGAGGGCCGCUGUGAGUUUUACUCCAGCUCUUCUUACAGCUAUGACAAUUACUACGCUGAGGUUCAGUGUCAUUCCUACGGUAAACAGUGUACACUCAAGGUGAAGAGCAACACCUGCUACUGCUGUGACUUAUUCCACUGUGACAGCGUGGACUAUCGUGUGCAGUACUAUGAGUUCACGGGUGUGAGCAGCUGCUGGGACGUGGUGAAUCUGUACCGUCUGCUGUGGGCCUGUGUGACGCUCAAUGUGCUCGGCGUGUUUCUGGGCAUCAUCACCGCUGCCAUACUGGGAGCCUUCAAAGACCUGGCUCCUGCAGCUCGCAAUCACAUGACACCCAGUCCGGCUCCGGCCCCUCACAUCCUGUACAACCCCACCCAACACCUGAUCACCUACACCGGCUUCUGCCCCUCCGGACAAACUCUACCCGCCUACCCAAACUACCCGCUGCCCAUGCAGCAUCUGAACGGUUAUCCGGCUGCAGGUCAGUCCGUCCCCGAGGUCUCGACCUCCCCGUCUGACGAGACUCAAGCAGCGUCUCAGAGCGGGAUGAAUCAAGUCGCACCGGCUCAAUCCACAUCUCAGGACAGCAGCGGCUACAUGCUGACUCCAAACGCUCCCUCGCUCUACGCUCACUCAUUAGGGCCCUUCGAGAAGCCUCCACCUUACGCCUGCUGAAAAACCUGAGCCAGGAACACUGACUUCUGACAGGCGUCUGACCCCUGUGACCUCCACCGCCGCCGCCGCUGCUGCUAAUGACCUCAGAAAGAGUCUAUGUAAUCGUCACUUAUUCUUGUAGCAAAUGUGAUCAAUGUUGUUGUCUGGUAGUUUCCAAAACCUCUAAAUUUUGGCUCUUGGCUCUCUAACGUCCUCUUCCUUUGGUGGGGUCUUCAUAGUUUGAUUCAUUGAAUCAUAUAAGGCUGAAACACUCAACGCAAAACCCAUGAACGCGUCCCAUCCUCAGCUUCAGCACACAGAUCACUGUAGCUGAUUAGUCUUCUGCGGUCAGAUCAACUGAAGCAUCAGUCUGAGGAGAAUCCUGUCGAGGACGUUAAAGUGUUGACAUCGUUCAGAUUCCUGAAUAACAUGUGUGGUUUAAUAACGAGACAUGUGACUCUAUCAGCCCUUCAGUCCUGGUGUAACACAACAACGCACACCAUGUACAACACAUCCAAGGGCUGGAUUCACAAAACAUUAAGAAAAAAAACUUCCUAAUUGCAACUUUCUUCUUUAAUAACAAAACAUAAUGUUUAAGUUAAGAAUAUUUUUGUUGCAUCACUGUGAAAACCACCUUUUGGCACAUUUAUUUUGAAAGUGAAAGUUCUCUUUAGAAUUUAUAUUCUCGAUAAAUGUUCUUCAAAAUCAUUGUGAUAACCGUCAGCUUGUCAUAAAUGAUUAAUAAAUGUGUUGGGUAUUUUCAAAAAUUAAACAUAAGCAGCAUAACCCUAACUACAUAUUCACGACGACUGGCAGAUUUUACUUUCAUAAUCUAGCAAGUAAAUUCUCCUGUUAUGAUUAACACAGCUCUUACAUUUAUAUUAAAAAAAACAAAACAAAACAUGAAAUGCUUGCUGCUUAAAGAGUUAAUAGAUAAUGCUUAAAUGCAUGGUUAAGAUUUAUCAGUGAAGUUUUAAAUUUGUUGCAUUAAACAAGGCAACAAUGUGGCAUAUAUCAAAGCCUGUCAUCUUAUGCUCAAGUAAAAUAUGAUGUUCUUAACCCUUUCAUGCUCACACAGACAAUCUUUUAAACAUUUUCAUAAGUAACCAGUUUGAAUUAAAGGCUUUUUUUUUUUUUUAUAAUUUUUAAUUUAUCUGCUAGCUUUGUGGUGCAUUUACUAAAUGCUUAAACGUUAUCUAAAAAUACAAUAAAACAAAUGUCCCCUAGAUUUAGAAAUAUCUCUAAAUAAGAAUGAACCAUAUUCCUAUGUGACACUGUGUUUUCGGUAUUUGCAUUGUCCAGCAUUUUCUAUUUAUUCUGCAUAUACGCAAAGCGUAUCACUUUUUACCUAAUAAAAUUAAUUUAUAAUUUCAUUAUUUUAAAAUAAUUUUACCUUCAAUAAAACCCUGAACAAAAAUCUUUUCACAAAAUAGAAAUCUAUUUUAAACUGCAAAACUAUAAAAGAACAGGUGGUUCUGAAGGGUUCAGAAUCUGCACUUAACUACUCAAAUGUGUUCAU